UUUCCUUUUUUCUUUUUUCUUUCAGUUACAUUAACACUUCUGCCCUUUUCCCCCCUCUUUUUCUCUUUCUUGUUAAAAACUCACAAUGGCAGAGAUGAGAGAAUACCUUUAUAAAAUCCUUGUUGUAGGUGAUCUUGGCACAGGCAAAACCUCAAUCAUUCGUCGUUACGUCCACAAUAUAUUUUCCAGUAAUUACAAGUCAACCAUUGGUGUUGAUUUUGCUUUAAAAGUGAUUCAAUGGGGACCCGAUAUUAUCGUUCGACUUCAACUAUGGGAUAUUGCAGGUCAAGAGCGGUUCGGCAAUAUGACACGUGUGUAUUAUAAAGAGGCCUUAGGUGCUAUUGUUGUUUAUGAUAUUACAAGACCACAGACGUUUGAAGGCGUUACAAAAUGGAAAAAGGACAUUGAUACAAAAGUUGCAUUACCGGAAGCUUGGGGAGGAGGUCAAAUUCCUGUUAUUUUAUUGGCCAACAAGACCGAUUUGAUUGCAGAUGGACAUGGUCAACACGCCAAUCCUACGGAACUCGAUCAAUUUUGUAAAGAAAAUGGAUUUUUGCAAUGGUUUGAAACGUCUGCUAAAGAUAAUAAUAAUAUCGAGGAAGCCACUCGUCAUUUGAUCUCAUCCAUCUUAAAAUUGGAAGAAGAAAAUGCUGAUAAUGUAGCAAAUGAAGACGAUACACUUCACUUAAAUACGAAUAAUCAACAGCAACAACAUAACGGUGGUUGCUGUUAAAAUUAUAAGCGCAUGACGUACUAAUAAAAAAAUAAAAUAUAAAAUGCACUGUGAUAUCA